AUGUGUGUGCGUGUGUGCGUAGACACCGGCGCCGUGUUCGCGUGCGGCGACAACAAGAGCGGCCAGUGCGGCCUCGGCAACACCACGCCGCAGGUGCUCAAGCCGACCAGGAUCAGAUACAGCGGUGCACCGAUAGUGAAGGUCGGUUGUGGCGCAGAGUUCUCCAUGAUACUGGAUUGUAAUGGAUCACUGCACUCGUUCGGUCUGCCAGAAUACGGACAACUAGGUCACAACACGGACGGCAAGUAUUUCGUGACGUCGACGAAGCUCUCGUAUCACUUCGAGACUGUUCCCAAACACAUCGCGCUGUUCUUCGAGAAGUCGAAGGAGGGUCACGUGACCCCGGUGAAGGACGUCGUCAUCGUUGACUUCUCGUGUGGGAACAACCAUACGGUGGCGAUAGACAGCAAGAAGCGCGCGUACAGCUGGGGCUUCGGCGGGUUCGGGCGUCUCGGGCACGCGGAGCAGCGCGACGAGAGCGUGCCGCGACUGAUCAAGUACUUCGACAGCCAGGCGCGCGGCGUGCGCUCCGUGCACUGCGGCGCCACCUACAGUCUGGCGGUCAACGAACACCGUGCACUGUUUCUGUUUGGACAAACGAAGAGGACCGGAGAAGCCAACAUGUAUCCUAAACCUGUGCAGGAUUUGUCCGUGAUAGCGGCGGACGACACUCUCAUCGCGUGGGGAGUCUCGCCCACAUACGGAGAACUGGGCACCGGCGAGAUCACCAAGUCGUCGGCGCGGCCCAAGGAGGUGACCCGCAUGGAGGGCGUGCUCGUGACGCAGGUCGCCAUGGGGUACUCGCACACGCUGCUGCUCGCCGACGACACCGACCAGCCGACCAGGCAGAAGCUCGACACUAUGCCCACCUUCACGCCUUAG